GUCCCCGGCGCCGGCCGUUUAAAUCGCUGUCGCGGACCUAACGCCACUGCACCAGACACAGCCACCGGCGUAGCGCGUUCGUUGCUCCCUCUCUCUCUCUCUCGAUUUCUGGCUCGCGAUCGGCACGGACCCUGUGCGCGCGAUGCUCCCGAUUUAGAUGUACGGAAAUCACGAAAACAACAAUAAUUAUUAUUAAUAAAUAAUCAUCGCGCACGACUCGACAGCAAUUAGAUUUAGGCUUACCGCACUCGACAAUACGAUAUAUAUAUAUAGUAUUAUAAAGUCGUAGGUAGGUAGGUAUAUAUCUCGUCGGACUCGCGCGCCCGCGCCGCGCACUCACCUAUAAACAGUGGCAGCGGACGAGGUAUUGAUAUUGUACGUCACGCGCGUUUAUUUUGCCGGCCCCGUCGGGGCUGACCGACACGGUGGUGCAGGUCCCGCAGAGCGUGCCGCGAUGCUGGUGACGCCGACGGACGCGGUGGAUCGACCCGACGACGAGCAGCGGAAAAUCGACGAUGGCGGUGGAGGCUGUGAAGGCGGAGAUGGCGGCGGCGGCGGUGUCGGCGGUGGUGGUGGCGGUAAGAAGCACCGCAAGCGGCGGAACCGUCGGAACCGUCAACGACAACAGGCCGAAGACGAUCGCGCGGCACUGUCUCAUACGUCUCCCGCAGGAGGCGACGACUGCGAGCAAACAACCAUUACGGCUAAGGUCAACGACGGGCCCGCCGAAGCCACCACAGGUGGUGCUGUCGCGGAGGCGGCAACACCCCUGACGGCAGCGCAGCUGAUCAAAAACGGCGGCAGUGUCGACGGCGUAACCGCCACAGAAACCACCGCCGCAGAGGACGUAAACAAUAUGGAAGUACAAAUCGACGACGAGAUCGACGAAGAAGACGGCGAACGGUACUCGUCGUAUUCGAUGUCGUCGGCGGAAGACGAAAACGGCGACGGCAGUGACGGUAGCCGUCAGGCCACUAAAGCCACGAAAGCGACGUGCGAUGAAGACGACAUAGACUGCAAUAACGACAUGUUCAAGACUCAGAACAAGGGCCACGGCGGUGCUGGGGCGGACGCGACCACCUCGCCUCCGCCGGAUGUCAUAAUGCAUCACAACAACCCCGACGCGAUCAAGCGGAAAGGUUCGCGACGGGGCCGCCGAAAACGACGACCGCCCAUCGCUGCCGCGGCCGUUACCGACCCGGACGUCCUGAUGACGCCCGCGGUCAGCACGGUGGGCGAAGAGGAAUCGCCGGCCGAGACGGACGCGACGAGUACCAUCAUCGACAGCAACACAACCGACGUGACAACCGACGGAGACGACGUGAAACGCGUCGACGACGACCACAUCAGCGCCGAAAUCGUUAGCAGCACUACUGUCGACGCCGGUACGACGGUCGUCGAAACUACCUCCACCAGAGACGACAGCGACCACCAAUCCACGACGACGACUACAUUGCAAUCACAACAGCAGCAACAGGAAACAUCAACAUUGAUCCCGGGCACCGUGACGGGGCCAAUGGUAAACAUUGCGGCCACCGUAGCAGCUGUCCAGGACGUGGAGAGUAGGUUGUUGGAAGAUUUCGAAUGGAAACUCAGUGAGGUGCACCGGCAAUGGAAACGCCGUCUGUCGGAAAACGAGCGCAAGCUGGCCGACGAGAUGGCCAAGCGGCAGCGUGAGCUGAACGACGACAUGGAACGGCGGGCGAUAGAGCUCGCGGAAGAGGUGAUGAAACGCGAGCAGAGGAUGGCCGAGGAGAUGGUGGAACACGAGCGGCACCUCAAGAGCGUGUUGGUGAAACGGGAACGGGAUCUCGAGGAGCGGACGGCCGCGGAGGUGGCCGAGCGCAAGCGAGAGUUCGAAGCGUUGGCCAAGAGCCAGCUGGACGAACGGAAGCAAACGUUGAUGGCCGAGGUGGAGGCGAAGGUGGCCAGGCGGGAGAAGGAGCUGAAGGCGGAGGCGGAUGAGGCGAUAGCGGCGGCGAAACGGGAGCGCCGGCUGGCCGCGGUGGAGGCUGCGAAGCGCGAACGGGACGCCGUGGCCGCCGCGUUGGCGGAGGCCGCGAAACGAGAGCAACAGAUUUUGGCGGACGCUGACAAGCGGGAGCGGGACCUCGCGGCCGAAGCCGAUCGCCGGCAAUGGGAGAUGGUCGAAAUGGAGGCGGCCAAGGCGGCCAAGCGGGAACGGGAGUUGCGGUUGGAAUGGGCAGCCCGGGAACGGCAGCUGGCCGCGGAGUCGGAGGAACGCGAACAGCGCGCGGUGGAGGCGGCCGAAAGGCAGGUGCGCCGUCAGUGGCGGCAGUGGGAGCGGGACGCAAAGGCCGAGAGCAGGAAAGCGAUGGAGGAGCAACAGGAGCGGGCCGAGCGUGAGCUAGCCGACGCGCGUUUGGCCUGGGAACGCGACAGAACUGACCGGAUCGCCGCACUGGAAACAAGAUGGACCGAGCGCAUGCAGGACGCUGUUCAAGCGGAACGGGCUAGGGGAGCGGCCGCAGCGGAUGAGUUGCGGCGCACCAGUCAGGACGAACAGAAGCGGGCUGUGGCCACUGCAGCUGCGGAGGCGGCCGCCGAGGCUUGUCGUAAAGCUCGGGCCGAAGCAGACACUGAGCUGGUCAAGUUGCGCCGAGCUGUAGACACGACGGCGCUGUGGUACGAGGACUUACUUGACGCGGCCCGCGCUGAACGAGACCGAUGUAUAGAAAAAGCUGACGAAGCGGAACGGAAACAUUCGGAUGCGGAACGGAAACAUUCUGAAGCGGAACGAAAAUUGUCGGAAGCGGAACGGAAAUUGACGGAUGCCGAAAGCGCCAAAACGAAAGCAGAGAAAGAGCUGGCGGAAGUGUCCCGAUGGCUGGCGGAAAUGGAGAAAAAUCUUGCCACAGCUAAGAGCGAUCUCGUCAACCUGGAGAAUCUCUUAGUACAGUCAACCAAUCGGCAGGUAGAAACUGAGAGCAGAUUGUUAUUGGCGGAACGUAAAGUGACUGAAAUGGAAAAAAUGUUGGCCGCCUCCGCGGCGGUGAAAUCAGCUAAUAACCGCCACAACGACAAUGAUGACGAGGACGAAGAUGAGCAAAAUAAUAACGAGGAUGACGAGGAUGGUGACGGAGACGUUGAAAGUGCAGCUACAGGCUGUGGUAUGGCUACAGACGAGGAUGACAUGAAUGGCGAGACUGAGCCGAAGAGCUGCUGCGCCCGGGCCGUCAAGAGACGAGUGGCACAGCUGAUUGUGUCACAUGGUCAGCGGAUGGAAGAGCAGCGUGAACGGCAUGCGCGACAGAUGCGUCGACAGCUGGAGAUGUUAAUGGACCAACGCCAACAGCAACAACAAAAGCAUGAAAAACAUCAGCAGCCCCAAAACAAACAACAGCAGGAGCAGGAGCAGCAACAACAACACCAGCUGCAGCAGAAUGGUUUGAACGAGAGUCGUCAGCGAGAAGAACGUCAGCAGCAGCAGCAUCAGCAGCAGAAACAGGAUGAGCAGAACGAGGAAUGGCAACUCCAGCAACGAAGACGUCGACCCCGUGGAGGUGGAGUCGUUGGAACCGAAAGAACGGAAACGGGUACUGACCGCAGACCGCAACAGCGUUCGUCACCGCCUCCUUGCAAUGGUGGCAGCGGAAGUAGCAGCAGCAGUCGGAACAGCCGACGCCGGAACAAGCACCGGCAACAGCAACAGCAACAGAACCCGAACCCGAACCCGAAUCAACGGGGACCUCCGCCACCACCCAGACCGUCCGGGAGACCAACCGCAUGACAAACAACGAACGCCACUGAAUUUUUAUUAUUUUUACUCAUAUGAUAACUGUUUCUAUUGCGUGGCAUGAGCCCACUUUUGUUUAUAAUUAUUUAUUUACGGCUGUAUUUAUUUAUAUUUAUUUAUUUGGGGUUUUUUUUUAUGACGCGCGUGUUUCAAAAAUACUUAUUUACUAUUACUACUAUUCUCAUUAUAUCAUAUCAAAUUUAUUAUAUUAUAAUAUGUAUAUCGUGGCCGCUGUCCAACUUGUGUAAACCGGCCACGAUUGCGUCCCUCAGAGAUGACGAGUUUCUCAACAAUCACUUUCCCACCACCUUCCCUUUUCAUAAUAAAGAACUUUACGCACAUCGAAUACGAUUGAA